UUUCAGGAAUCUCGCUUUAAAAUGGCGGCAUUCAGUAUGCACCCCUGCUAAAGGCUCUCCCGGCACCGGGGCCACCUCGCGCAGCGCUGCUUUUGCUUCUGCCGCUAACAGAUGGCAUGUGCCGCUGCCUCUGCCCCCGCUGCUGCCGCUGAGAUCAGGGCCCCUUAGCCCCUGGGUUUGCGCUAACAGCGUAAGGUUCUGAAAAGUGCCUUUUCUGAAAACUCUGCUGCUUGGAUUCUACUCUAGAGCUGUCUCUUUAUAAACCCCUCUCCCUAACAUAACGUUCCCUGCCCUCUCCACCUCCCCGCCGAACCUGGUGUGCUUGUAGUUUACUGUCAGCAGCUGGUCCAUUUCCUUUUUCUGUGAUUCUCAAUUUUCUUAGUUAUUUUCCCUCCACUUGAUUUUGCAACAAAACUUUUUUGGGUUUCUAACAUCCUUCCCAAUCUUACUAUUUAUAGCUAAUAAAUAAGGAGAAAAAGUUUUCUCCUCCUGAUCUGAGACCAUUCCACAAAUCGAAGGGCAGCCAGCAGCAUAUGUUUUUUGCAAGAAUAAUUGAAAACAUCAACUGCAGAGCAGAGAAUUCUUUUGAAAGUCUGCCGGUUAUUUCACAUAAAUUCGGCAAAGGAACAAACAGUUGGCUUCUUAGGAGUUGGUCUCUCAUUAGAUUUUUAGUUAUUCUCAUAGAGUUUUUAUGAUUGGCUUUUUGUUUGACUAGACCAGAUUUGACUUUAAUGAAAACCUAAGUGCCAGCAAAUAGAUGUUUCACCAAAACCACCUGUUAUCUCUUCAACUUAGUUUAAUUCAUUUUUAAUCCUUAAACAGUCGACGAUAAUAUUGUACUUAAGAGGGUACACUGGAUUUUAAUUUUGCUUUCAAUAUGACGGCUGUCAAUGUUGCCCUGAUUCGUGAUACCAAGUGGCUGACUUUAGAAGUUUGUAGAGAAUUUCAGAGAGGAACUUGCUUUCGAGCUGAUGCAGAUUGCAAGUUUGCCCAUCCACCAAGAGUUUGCCAUGUGGAAAAUGGUCGUGUGGUAGCCUGUUUUGAUUCUCUAAAGGGUCGGUGCACUCGAGAGAACUGCAAGUACCUUCACCCUCCUCCACACUUAAAAACACAGCUGGAAAUUAAUGGGCGGAACAAUCUGAUUCAACAGAAGACUGCCGCAGCCAUGUUCGCCCAGCAGAUGCAGCUUAUGCUCCAGAACGCUCAAAUGUCAUCACUUGGUUCUUUUCCUAUGGCUCCGUCACUUCCAAAUCCUCCCAUGGCUUUCAAUCCUUAUAUGCCACAUCCUGGGAUGGGCCUGGUUCCCGCGGAACUUGUACCAAAUCCACCUGUUCUGAUUCCUGGAAACCCACCUCUCGCAUUGACAGGAGCCAUUGGCCCAAAACUGAUGCGUUCAGAUAAACUGGAGGUUUGUCGAGAAUUUCAGCGUGGAAAUUGUACCCGUGGGGAGAAUGAUUGCCGCUAUGCUCACCCUACUGAUGCUUCCAUGAUUGAAGUGGGUGAUAAUACUGUGACAAUCUGCAUGGAUUACAUCAAAGGUCGAUGCUCCCGGGAGAAAUGCAAGUACUUUCAUCCUCCUGCACACUUGCAAGCCAAACUCAAGGCAGCUCAUCACCAGAUGAACCAUUCAGCUGCCAUGGCCCUGCAGCAUGGUACAUUGCAACUGAUACCAAAGAGAUCCGCACUGGAAAAGCCGAAUGGUGCCACCCCGGUCUUUAAUCCCAGUGUUUUUCACUGCCAACAGGCUCUGACUAACCUGCCACUCCCCCAGCCGGCGUAUAUCCCUGCAGGGCCAAUACUGUGCAUGGCACCCGCUUCAAGUAUUGUGCCCAUGAUGCACGGUGCUACACCUACCACUGUGUCUGCAGCAACAACACCUGCCACCAGCGUGCCCUUCGCUGCAACAACUACAGGCAAUCAGAUGCCCCAAUUAUCAGUAGAUGAACUGAAUAGCAGCAUGUUUGUUUCACAGAUGUAGACGUUCCCAGUAGAACACUGAAAUACUGAACAGCAGAGUUAUGGAGUAUCAGAAUCUUUCCGUGGAAACCUCCAUAUGGCCCUUCUAUAUAUAUUCUUGUAUUUCUUCUUCUACCAACACUACAAUAAGCGUGGUACAGUCAAUAUAUUAAGCAAAACAAACCUGCCAGCCAGCAAAUUCAAAUAAAAAAUAAAGCAUUAAAAAUCAAUGGAGAUGUUAAAACAGAACAUGAAUAGAAAGCUAAUAACUACCAUCCAUCUUAUUUGAAUUAUCAAGCAGAACAUGACCAUAAAAUUUGGUAACUUGUUACAUUACUCUUUGUCAUUUUCUAAUCAUCAUGCUAAGUGAAUUUCCAGAGUGAGCUAUUGGCUUACUGUAUACAUUCUUGGUGGAUAAAUUAGUCAUCUGUUUUUGAUUUUGUUUACAAGAUAGUAUAUUGGCUUGAUUCAGGAUGUAACAAAUAUAUUCAAUACCAUUUCUUGUACUGUACUGUGCUGUGCUAUGUUAGGUUUUUACAUGCUGUAGUGUUUUGCUGGAUAUGUGUGGUGUUUGAUUUCAACUAGAAUGUUAUUAGUGGGGAACAAAAGUAUAUGCUUAAAAACAUGACAGUUUCAUGCAAAUAUGCUCUCUCUCUUUAGACUAUUUCUGUAGGUUUCUUGGGACUGACAUUUAAAAUGCCUCACUUUUGAGUGUGCACAAAACCUGCUCAUUGACAUGCAUGUGUAUAAUUUGUACCUGCAGAACUUACAUUGCAUAAUACAAUCAAAUUGCUAGAUUUUUUAAAAAGAGAGAAAUAAUUACCUGCACAAAGCAGAGAACUUCAUAAAAUAUUAACCCCUAAUUCACUUUUCUUAAAUAGCUUGGAAAAUAAGAUUUUACCUUUAAAUGAAUUUCUCAGCAUUUAUACUAAAAGUUGUGUAAAGUGCUCAUUGGAUUUUUGUGUGUGUGGCUUGAGAAUCCUAUCUCCUAGGUUGAGUGUCUAAAACUGAGCCAUUUGUCAUCUUCAGCUGAGAAACUGAUGCUUGGGAGCUUAAAAUAUGCUAAUUACAAGUUAUAAAUCAAACAGAGGUGGGGGUUUAGAGAUAGUUUUUACAUACUGGAGGAAAGUGUGUAAAACCAUGGCCAUGUCACCUUUUACACAAGUGCCAUUUUCCAAAUGCAAAUGGAUCAUGCUCUUUAGACUACUCUUUGAAUAACAAAUAAGAUGCAAUCUAGCAAAAGUCAGUCAGGGUGAAAGAGAAUUGGUUACAAAUGAGGACUUUCCUCCCCAAAUGAACUAUCUUCUGUAUUGAUCACAGAGGGAGUCUAAGUACAGGUUUGGAGAAAUGGCUGGAACAAGAACAGGGAAGCACUUACAAUUAUUCCUUGAUUUAUUCAAAUGAACUGGAAAAGAUGGUUGUAGUUGUCUUUACCUUCAGUUCAACUGAGUUUCGUUUUGUUAAACAGUUCAGUGGAGGAGAAAGCAUCUGUGAUAUAUGGCAAGUGUCCCUCUGCCCAAACUUUAACAUUAGAGCCUCUUACAUUAUAACCAUGCCUGUUUUUUGCUUUUUUGCAUUUGAUUGCCUUUAUAUAUGUUUGAAAAUGACAAUAAAGAGGGUUUUAGCACCCUUUGGAUGAGACAGAGUAGCUGUACUCCACAGAGCUCAACUGAAUUCACAUUAUUAAUACUUAUGAAAUAAUUUUAUAACCAAAUAGUAAUUAAUUCCUGUGGUGUGUGACAUAUCUCAUCCACUCUACUCAGUUAUUAAUGUUACUAUUAUUAUACAGUGGUGGAAACAUAUGAUAUUUUACAUCAACUAAUAGAUUUAACAUUUUCUAGUAAAUAGGUGUUCUUCCACCAGAAAGUAUAAAACCAUGACAAGUAAAAAGCAAAUCUGAUUGAGGAUGCCUUAAGCUGGCUAGACGUGUUUGAAUCACAGAACAAUGGAGUUAGCAAAAUAAUUUUCAUACUUGAUGGAACUGAGGUCAGGGGUAUAUGACUUGCCCAAGGCUACCUAGCCAUUGUGGGACCCAGAAAUGUCUCCUGCCUCCAAUUGUUCCUUCUUUCCAGAUUUUUUGUGCUUCAGAACAUUUGAGGCUCUCUCCCAAGGUAGACACAUUUGGCUCAGAAUACAAGAAAGCAAAAUUAGCUUUCUGGGAAUUGAUAUUCUGUUGAUCUUAAUUAUCUAUCCAAAUCUUGAUCAACAGUGCUUUCUAAACAGCCUUGCUUGUAUUGAUCCAUUGUCAUCUGUUUGACAGUGUUGCAUGGGAUUAGAGAUCAAGAGUUGUCCUUUUACCUAUGGACUCUUUGAACCAGUUAAUUUCUGUUUCUGAAAUCUUAUCAUUGCUACAGAAGAAAGUAACAUAUGCCUUUUUGAAAUUCCUCAUGUAUGGAACUGAGUUUUGUAUGAUCUGUGCCAGUGCCUCUCCAGAAGAGUAGAUCUGAUUACAUGAAUCCAGGAGGGAUGCACCUGAGCUAGUAUGGAUAUAUUUCUUAAAAGAGACAAGAACUUUUUUGUGCAAAAUGAACUUGUGUGUAGUUUGACAUCUGCAUGCAACAUAUUAUCUCACUUAACUUUUUCAACUUUGGGCAAAGAUGUACAUAGAGUAUAGAUAACCUAGAGUAUAGCUGUUUUCAUGUUGCAUUAACCACUGGAAGACAUGAACAAUGACUUACUUUUUAGUAAAAAGUUCAGUGGGAGAUAUUUAGGGUGAUUGUAUUUUUGGUGCCACAAUUUUCUACACUGUUGGCAUUUUAAAAGUUACUUUAUAAAUGAGUUUAAAGAAAGAAAGAAAGCUCAAAGCCCUAAAGUUUUGAUCAAAUUCAAGAGUUUUGAGGAAAAAAAAUACAAUUUUAAGAUGGCACUCUUUAAACUAGAUGUGCAAUGACUUAUUCAAACUAUCUUUAUUCAAGAAAAGAAAAGAAGAAAGAUAAGUCACUAGACUAUAAAUUUCCAUUUAAAAAGACAAGUCACAAAGCAAAUCAGUGACUCUAAACAAAAAUUUACUGGAUUAAUUGUAUAUAUAAAAUUCUAAUCACUUAUGAUUCUUAGUUAACAUUUUAUAAGCUUUAUAUUUUACAGGGGCUUCUUUUUAUUUAUCCAAAAUUAUUGUUUUCAUCCAUUUUUCUCAGCCUUUUGCAAAAAUAUGCAAGAGUGCUGAAACUUGGAUAAAAAGGGUCAUGUAUACAGAGAAAAUAAUCUAAAAGUUAUCUUUAAGAGGGUUUUAGUAGUGUCAACUUUUUAAAAAAGUACUACGUGACCAUAACAUACAUAUAUUUUAAAGAGGGAUUAAGAUUAAAUUAAAAUAAAUGGAUUCAUAAAAUUGCUAUUUAAAUACAGUAUUUACUUUUUCAACUGGAGCAUGAUUCCACAACCAGCUGUGGCAUUUCAUUUCACUUUUCUAGAUCAGAGGCUUUAAUUUGUAGUUAAUCAUGAUGUGGAAAGUCAUCUUCUCUCUACUCCAUCAAUUUUCUCCAUCCAUUUUUGAACAUGCUGAAGCACUUUGAUCUUGCCAUAAGUGUUGUCCUUUAUCACUAGGCGGUGUUCACUAAUAGGAGGGCCUCAAAUCAGCUGCUCCCCAAUUUGGGAAAAAAAGUACCUCCUCCCUACUAUCAGCAGAAACCGAAUGAAAUUGAUCUUUGCAAAUUGAAUGUGUUUUAAGUAGCAUUACCAAUAAGCAUAGUGAUGUCUGAAUAAGGAAUGAUACUUACAUUACAUUUGAUUAAAUAAGAGAGAAAGUCCUUGUGCUACUUGAAAUGUUAUUUGGUUCUCUGUGCCCCUUUGAAGAGUAUACAUGAGGAUGCUCUGAGGUAAAAUGCAGCCACAAGUUUUCUGAGUUCCUUUAGUCUGUAGGGUAGGCUAUGAGGUACACAAUAAUUAGAAACUGAAGUCCUCAUUCUUUUUCUCUCAAAUACAUUUCACACAAAUUGAAACUGAAAUAGGUAAAAUUUGUUAGGGAAAUCUGAUUUCCCAAUUCUGAUGAAUAGAUAUACUAAGAGAGUAGCCUUGUUUAACCAGUGCCUAUAGAAGGCACUAGAAUAAAUAGCAUGUCCAAGAAUAUAACAAUUUCUUUGUAAAUUUAGUUGCUAGCCUAAUCAAACUGUAAAUAUAACUCACUAAUUGGUACCAUGUUUUUAUUUUUCCUAUUGUUCAUUUUUAAGGUUUUAUUUUAUUGCUUUUCUGUAGCUCUAAGUAACUAAUGAAUCUAAUUUUGAAGGAAAGUUGAAGAAAGUUUAAGCUUUUACUGCAUGGAUUCAGCUCACCUAGCUAGGUUCUAAACUGACACUGAAGUAUUACAAGAUACAGAUUAUAGUCCAAAAUUUUCCUUCACAGUUCACAAUUUAAGAAAAACUUAACUUUAUAUACAAAUAAUCAUUGUUGACUAAUUAUAUUUAGUUGUUGCUUUGGCGGCAAAACUACAACAUGGCUACCUUUAGACAUUUGUGUGUCUGAACAUUUUACUUGUAAACUAUAGGUAGUUUGUGACACUAUGAGCAUGUAGAAGAUGCAGCUCAAAACUCUGAAAACAGACAUGGUUGAGUCCUUUUUUAAAUCCCAAAGGCCCAUAUAUAAAAGCUGAAUUUGUGUCCUUGUGUGACUUUUUGUGAAAAAGUUUAUAACACAUGGAUUCUAGAAUCAGGCUUGAUAGUUUAUAGAAUUUGUUGUGUGGAUUGGGUUAUUCCACAGUAUUGAGACUUCAAAAUACAGUCAUUGCAUUACAUACACAAAUAUAUCUGCAUGAGGAUUAAAGCAUGACUAAAGCCUCUUUUGAAAUUAAUUCAUAUUUUUAAAACUAUACAUAAAGAUACUGUGGAAUGACCCUUAACAGUGUUUAAGAAACAUAUGCUGCAGUUAAUUGACUGUCUCAGUUAGGGUGCGGAUGUGUGAGACACACCUUUUUGCACUUAAUGUACAUAGUCCAUGAAAGCAACCCAUGGAGCUUUUUUUAAAUGUAAGAAGUCUGUGAUAAUAGUGGAAAAGUUAGUAAGAGAGUUAUUUCUAAGGCUUUGAAAAGAAGGGCGUUUUUGCUCUAAGACUUAACUAAAGCAUAAAGUUGCUUUGCUGUUAUGGAGGCUUUCUAGUUUGCUACAGGUCACCAAAAGAGAAAGCUAGUAACAAGUAACAGGUCAACCUCAGCUAACAGCACUGAACAGGAGUAGAAUAGCUUUAUCAUUUAAUAAGAUCAUUAGCAAAGAUUGUUUGCUGUUUAAAUUAAUCACCCACUAUAAAACACACACACACACACACACACCAGGCAGGUUUCUAGAACAAAUUUUCCUUUUUCAGUGGUUGCAAGCAGUGAAAUACCUCGUAUGUUUCAAGAUAGAUAGUCCCGUUAUGAUAGAAUCAGAUUUCAUCUUUCAAAGACAGUGAUCAGCUGAUAUCUGUGUCAGUUAAAAUGUUUAUCAAUUCAUAGAUAUUUAAGAGACAAUCAAAUUGUUAAUACUGACCACUGUUCCUCCUUUAAGAUCCAGUUACCAAAACUAAAUUGGCAACCAUUGAAAGAUUAUAUUUAAGAGUUAAGGAUGGCCUGCAUAGGGCAGUUCAUUCCCUUCAACAAAGAAAAAAAAUGCCCCUGGCACAACUUUAUAACUGGCUUUAUUUACAUUAUACCUGUUCAGUGGAAGCUGUUUUCUGACCUACCUUUACCAGAUUACAAAGUACUUCACUGUGCCACUUCAGCCUCCCACUGUUUUGUUUUAACUAAACAGAAGAGAACCAGCCAAAAUCUUACAUAACAUAGGAGCUGGAAGAGAGUGUCUGACCAUCUCUGCCCAUUUUAGCUCCCACAACACCUAUAGAUAGCCACUUAACUUUCUUUUUGCCCCCAGGCAAUGAGACCUAGAAUAGGUCAAAGUUAGAAAGGGUAAGCAUCUAAUCACCACAGGUACUUCGAGUACCUAGAGAAGGAGCCCGUCCUGGGGUUGGUAGAGUUGCUAUUGCUACUCGUUUUGAUAGUUCGUUCUUACAGAGAAAGAAAAAUAAACCAAAGCCAGAAAGCAAUCCAAGCCUUACAGUUGUCCAAUACCUCAGGGCCAGUUGGCUAGAAUUUUCUUUCCCUCAGCCCAUAAUCACUUAGAGUUAGCCAUACAACAAACAGCCUGACAAUCUGACCAGCAUUUCCACUGAUAUAAAAUGUAAGCAUUCCUUCAUUCUGUAGUCAGGAACUCCAACUUCAGUCUUAUCUCCAACAUAAUUUCCCAGUUUAACCUGUGUACUGAUAUGGACAUUUCUUUGUGAAUCUUCCAGAUUCAAUAAUAUAUUUUUCUAAGGUCAAUAGAGAUAUGACAUUUUAAGUCAGGAAAAAUCACCUAUUAAUAAGUAGGAAUAACCAUAGAAUCAUCACAAAAGAUAGAGUAGAUGGCAUGGUGUGCAUGUUGACAGCCACCAGGUCAUACUCUGGGGUUUCAUCAUAGAGGCUGUGUUUCAAUAAAUAAGACAAAUUAUGGAAUUAAGUAUAACAAAUGCAUGUAACCGAGGCUGACAAAAAACCUCUAUUACUAAGCUCAAGAAAGUAUUUACUUUGACUAAUUUGUGCUGUUUCCAGCCCUUCCAGUUGUUCUUGCCUGUAAGAGAAUCACUAAUACUCAAAAGCUGGAUUAUUGAAGAGAAAUUUUAUCUUUAAAUAGAAUCCAUCCACAAUUAUUAUAUAUGUAAAGAAAAGAUGAAUCAUUAUGAAAUAAGUUGCAGCUCUUUGCAGGUAUUGUAAAAUCCUCGCUAGGCAGCUACAUCAUAUUAGUUUUUUUAAAAAAAUACCUCUGCAACAAGACUUAUUAAGCAGUGCUUUUUUUUCUCCCAAAGCAUACAACCUAAAGAUUUAUCUGUCAUAAAAUUGCAUGGUUCCAGAGCUUUAUUUCUGUGUAGAGAUGCUAUAUGUUAGUGAUGGAAACAAAUUAUUUUGUUGCUAUGUCUUUUGUAUCUAGCAGUUGAGAGAAUGAUAUGACCAUCAUAUCACUGGAUUAUGAGAAUGAAUGCCCUUUUCAAAAUGAAUUUCUUUUUAAUAUUAUUGUUGCUGCUUUAAUAUAAAACGAGCCAUUUGUCCCCAUGCUCCCAAAUUACAAUGAUUUUAAUUUUAAAAAUUUUAAAGGAUUUUCCUAAAUACAUUUUUUUAAAGAGCUAACUUUAUGCAUUCAUAUAACAACAAUUUGGAAUAAUGUGAAAAAUGGAAGCACAUAAUUUGGGUGGAAAUGACAAUUAAAAAUAUAUAUAAGAAAAUUAUUAGCCCUGUGCAACAUUAUAGAUUUAAAUAAUGACCAGAAUAUUUCAUGAGUACAAACUCUUCCCAUAGUAUUUUUCCUCCAAAAUGCAAUAGCUCAUUCCUUCAACUGCAGAUGCUUUGGUUUUUUUUCAAGUUAUAGUGCUGUAGUAUAGUGUUUAUGUUUAAAAGUGCACAUUUUGCAGCUCAUUUUAGUAUGCUACUUCUUUAUUUUUUGUUCUUUUAAUAAAGUGCAUAAACUUC